GCUUGUGGCGCAGCUUGCCAGUUGAUUACGUACACACUUGGCGUAUCCGCUCGAUUGUCCAUCUUACGCUUCAAGAUCAGAUCGUGCGUCAAGUCGGUGCUUUGGAACAGUCCGACGGCGGUCACGCAGCUCUCCUAUGCAGAAGCAAACAGCUCCCUCACCGCCGCCUCCGCCGGCCGCUGCAGCUGCCGCAAACGUCGUGUCGCACAAAGCCACCGCACAGGCGCCCUUUCUCAUCAAGGGCGAGGGCGGACGGCCGGAGGGCAUUGUCUUCAGCUUCCCGGACGUGAGUACCGAGGCCGCUGCCAAAGCCAUCUCCCUGAAGAACAUUGUACGCCAAUACUUGGGCGGAACACGCUCCACCGAGAUCCCCUCCGCGCAGCUCUACAACAUCCUUGGUCGUCUCCGAAGUUUGUCUUACCUCUUGUUGGAAUACAAUGAUGGCGUACGGACGAUGACCAGCAACGCGGAUCGCUCUCAACAGCUCUACUUUCUCAACUACGUGAAGCGACGCACCCUGGAUCAGCUUUCCGUCUUCGGCUUCCAGAUCGCCGCGGAGGUCGCUCUCAUUCAGGUUCCCGGACUGUCGGAACUCAUCGAGCAAAUAGAGAAGAUUUUCCAAGAGGAAAUACGAACCUUCCGCGACAUGAUCGCCGGCGGGACCGUGGUGUAUGAAGCCUUUGGCGAGCUCUUCCGGCCGGAUCGGGCCGUCCAUGGCACGACAAACCUCGCCGGCUCCGCGGGCUGCUAUAAGGUAGUGGAGGGCUACUUUGAGGAAAAGCGGACGCUCAUGGGAACGGAACGCACCUUCCACCUCUCCCUGGAGUACCUCGCCUCCCUCGGGGAUCACUUUGGCGUGGUCCGGUUCGAGGAGACAUUCAGCAGCUGGAUGGGCGUCCGUGCGCGUCCCAUCACCGACCUCAACUACUACCCCGUUGCGGCAGAUGACCUCUCACUAUUUCGCCAACGCGGAGCUAAAUAUUAUGAAUUUGGUGUGGGCGGUGCGAGGUUUCUACACUACAAACCCGGGAGCUUCUUCAUGCACACCGUCGGAGGCAAAGCAGGCAGCAUGUCGCGGCCCGCCGGCUCGCAAUCCCACGGCUCGGGCCGGAUGAUCAUUGAUGCGUCGCGCGGCGCCCAGCUCGGCCACCACGCCUCCCAGGGCUUUGACGAACCAACAAAUGCUCUGACGCAAUUGUCCACUCGGUACCGACGAUGGGUGAAUGAGCAGCGUUCGGGUAGCAAAGGUUCUACGACCGAGAACUUGCACAUCAUGACGGAGAUUCCGAACGAGCUGCUCGCUUUCUGUUGGCCGGCUUUGGUUGCCUUCAGCUUCAAUCUCAAAGCUUGGGGUCAUGUCCUGGUGGACGGCGUGGAAAACAUUCAGUUCAACGACCGCGCUUUUGAUCAACUGGUGCUGCCCGAAGAGCGGAAGCGUCUCAUCCGCGCUUUAGUGACCUAUGGCGGCGACGACGACUUUCAGGACAUUAUCGGCGGCAAGAGUGGCGGCUCCAUCUUCCUGCUGCAUGGACCGCCUGGUGUCGGCAAAACACUGACGGCCGAGGCUAUCGCAGAAGCGCUGCACCGUCCCCUCUACUACGUCACAAUGGGAGAGCUGGGAACGACUCCCGAAGAGAUGGAACGCCGCCUGGCUGAUGUGCUGGACCUGUGUGCCGGUUGGAACGCCCUGACCAUCAUUGAUGAAGCCGAUGUCUUUUUGGAGAAGCGUGCGACAUCCGAUGUCCUUCGCAAUGCCAUGGUUUGCGUGAUGCUCCGCUUGCUGGAGUACCAUCAGGGUAUCCUGUUCCUGACGACAAACCGCGUGCGCGAAUUUGACCCAGCUUUCGAGAGCAGGGUGACCGUAGCGUUACGCUACGAUGGGCUCACUCCCGCGGCUCGAGCCAAGGUAUGGAAGAACCUCAUCGGUCGCCUCAAUAUCCCUUGCGAAAACAACCUCGACUUUGACUCCCUCGGCAAACAUGAAAUGAACGGUCGCCAGAUCAAGAACGCGGUGCGCCUCGCCGCUGUUCUAGCCAAGGAUGAUCAUUUGCCGCUAAGCCAGGCUCAUAUAGACCGGACCAUCGAGAUUACGAGUCUGGGCCGGGAAGACAUGAAGAAGGCAGCGCACUAUUAGUCGCAUGAACCGUGAUUUGGUGAGACGCUCUGUGCAAAUAGCCUUCCACGAUAGCAAUCUCAUUUUCGAUACCUAAUGAUGCAAGCUCCAUCUUGACCUCCUGUAACGAGGGACUAUAUGACGCUUCCGGGCCAUACAUGAGUAUGCGGGAUUUCAAUAGACCUUGCAGCAAAAGCAUUGGUAUGCUACCAUUAUAAGCGGCCCGUUUCCAGCAAUCAGUCACGGCAGAAACACGUCCCGCCAACAUGUUGAGAUAUCCUUCUCCUGCAUUCACUGGAACCCUAGUGAAGCUUACGGCUGUAAGGCUCCUCAUUGCCUUGGUGAACUUUCGGAGCAUUCGUACAAUCGAAUCUUUGCCGACAGUUUCUAUCCGUCCUCUCGUGAGCAGGGUAUCCGCACCAAAUAGGACCAGAUGAUAUGCUAACCACAUGGCAAAGUCUGAAGGCUGAAAUGUCGUAGGGAUGAGUCGUUCUAUAGUCUCAAUGGACUUCUUUAGUUGAUGCAUGAAAUUAAGACGCGCUUGAAUGUGGACAAGAUCUGCUUCAUAGUUGAUGAUGUGUAGAUCCACCUUUAACGGAAUAAUCUGCAAAGCUGGGAAUCCAGUGACAUAACAUUCCGUUGCUUCCGUAACCUGAUCUCUUAAUGCAUAGACAACAGCCCGGCAGUUAAGCGCAAUCUCUGCAA